AUGUCCGACUCAAAAUGUUCCAGUCGCCAAUCGCACUCAGAUUACUGUAGUGUCGCCUCCUAUUCCUCAGAUGAAGAAUCAACUUCAGGCUCAGGCUUGAGCUCACCAAAUCGUACUGUACUUCCAGCCGGUGUCUGCCCAAAUUGUCAUCGGAUUUAUGAGCAGGUUAGUUUGGGUGUUAAUUAUAUAUUACAGUACUUCUUGGGACUAAUUGAAUUGAAAUAUAAUAAGAAUAAUAAAAAGUGGUUGUUGGGAAUAUAUUGUGCAAUAUUUUGUUGCGUAAAAAAAUGUUUUGGGAGCAAUUAAUUAAUUAAUUGCAUUUAUAUUUAGAAAUAGGCUUGCAUGAAAAAAAUUUUAAAAAAAAGUUGAGCGCCGGGUGGGGGUCGAACCCUGGCCGCGCGAUUGUCAGGCACGCGUGCAGACCACUCGGCCACGCGGCCCUUUUUCGCUACGGUUGAAAAUUUUAUAUUUAAAUAGGGCGCGGGGCGAAUUUUUCAAAUGUUAGAAGCUAGACCUGUUUUUCUCUAAUUCUCUUGUCUCUCGCUGAUAGCCACUUCACUCUAGUUUUCAAACCUAAACCAGAUUUUUAUCAAAAAUUUUUCAAAUCCCAGUAAAAGUGGCUCAUUUCCCCCUCUCUAUUGUUCUAUGGGAGUUCAAGUGGAAAAGCAAAAUUAAUCCGUAUUCAUUCAUUCAUAAAACCAUAAGUGCUUAUUGUUAUUAGCCAGGGUGGAAAACUGGUUUUAGCUUCCCCCUAAUAAAAAACCCCUUUUUCCAGCCAGUAUCUCUCCAAUGUGGCCACUCACUUUGUCUAACUUGCUGUCAAAAACUUCUCAACGAUCAAUGCAAAUCCUCUAGAAAUCUUCUUCAAAGAUCUACACCACGAAUGGGAAUCAGCUCGAUUUCUCGUGUCAAUUCAUGCCAGGGGGGCCCGGUAAUCCAUCGGACCCCAAAGUGUUUGGUGUGCGGUGCGGCGGCCAAUCAGGCGGCUCCAAUUCCAAAUUUGGAAUUGGACAAUUUUUUGAGAAAUAUUAAAAGUUUCCGAUGGAAUGGUUUGGAUCAAACGAUUUCAACAACAAAACGACGAUGGGAAGAUGAAGGAUUCUCGAUCCACGAGUGUAAAAUCGCUGUGAUCGGAGCUAAGGGAGUUGGGAAAACCUGUUUCGCUCGUGUCCAAUACAGUAAUGAGAUAAUGUUUCCCGAUAUGCUUAAUGAAAUGGAUGAUUCGGAUAGUUAUGUGAUUGAUAUAGUUGAUAAUAUGGAGAUGAAAAAGAGUUUUUCGGCUGCACAUGGGAUUAUUAUUAUGUAUUCAAUUGCUGAUCGACAAAGUUUUUAUGAAGCUGCUGAAGUUUAUAAACAAUUGGAGCAAGGCAGAGAGCACAAUGUGAGUUUAUUUGAAAAAAAAUUCGCCUCGGAGGGGGGGGGUCGAACCCAAGAGCUAGAAUUGAAAGACGAGCGCGCUAACCACUCGGCCAAAUGUUUGACACAUUUUCGAUGGUGAAAAACUCGUUUUGGGUGAUUCAAGUCGAAAAUUUUUUUUUCAAUUUUCGAUUCAGAAAAUAAGAAAAAAUAUAGUUUUUUGACAUUUUCUGAAUCGAAAAUUUAAAAAAAAUUUAAAAAAAUGUUUUUUUUUUAAUUUUCGAUUCAAAAAAUAGGAAAAAAAUAUAGUUUUUUGAGAUUUGCUGGAUCGAAAUUUAAAAAAAAAAAUUAAAAAAAAGUCGAAAAUUUAAAAAAAAAAUUUUCGAUUCAGAAAAUGUCAAAAAUAGGAAAAAAUAUAGUUUUUUUAACAUUUGCUGGAUUGAAAUUUUUUCAAAAAAAAAAAAAAAUUUUUUUUAUCGACCUGAGUCAAUAAUUGUAUUAUCGAAAAUCUCAUCGGUACCACGCGCUCCACCGAAAUAAACACGCAACGCAGACCGCGUCGCGCCACAACACAAGGGAACGAUUCGAAUUCCCCACUUUUGUGUGUGUGUUGUGGCGCGGCGCGGUCUGCGUUGCGUGUUUAUUUCGGUGGAGCGUUUAAUUCACAGCUCAAAAAUCAAUCGAUAAAUAUUUUUCAGCAACCAAUCGUUCUCGUUGGCUCAAAAAGGAUAAAAACCGUCGUCGUCAAGUGA